GCGUAAACUGGGACGUCUCCCACAUGAGGAAAUGUCAUAUAAGGAGGCAGGAUCCACAUUUUUCGCGGAAGAUAAGUGCAGCUGUGCAGAGGGAAGUGCAGAUCAAUAACUGCAACGAUGGAUCGGGUGCGGUUGGCGUUAAACGGCUUGGUGAAAGGCGAGGGCUACAGCAGGUUCACUCUGCAGCCGUCGGCGGAUGGAGAGAGGCACGCCGAGGUCGAUCUCUGCGACGAUGUGACGGACGGCGCCACGGAGACGGAGGCGCCGGACUCGCCCAGCUUCAGGCCGGCGCGCCUGCACAACGGCCGGCGGCUCGUUGCCGGGCUGCUCCUUGCCGUCCUGCUGACGUUCCUUUUAGGUUACAUGGCUAGCUACGUCAUCCACGGUAAACGUAGUGUGAAAGCGGUAUGUGAGCCGAAGAUAGGAAAUCAAAUGGACGGGACGACAAAGACCAUGACGGCGUCACCGACAUCAGCAGCAGCUUCAGCUGCAGCAGCGCCGCCCCCAGAUGUGCAGCCCAGCUGGAAGGACCUCACUCAACUUCUGGCUGAGAAACUCACCAGUGAGGCCUUUGGAAAGACUCUCGGGGACUUUGCUCGGCCCAGUCACGCAGCGGGAAGUGAGGAAGAUUCUCUUCUGGGUAACAAGGUCUUUGACGCAUUUAAGGAGCUGGACAUGAAGCCCUGGACAGACGUCCACUACGUUCAGCUGCAGAUGCCAGACGGGAAUCGUCCAAACAGCAUUCAGUUCGGCUCCAGCACCUUUACACCUCCUGGAUAUCUGGCCUACAGCGCCACCGGCAAAGUCCAGGGCCGGCUGGUGUACGGAAACUACGGCCGUGUGGAGGACCUGGCGUACGUGCAGAACAGCAAGGUGGAGCUGAACGGCUCCGUGCUGCUGCUCCGGGCGGGAAAGAUCAGCUUUGCAGAGCAGGUGGACAAUGCUGCUACGAAGGGAGCGUCUGCUGUUCUCAUCUACCCAGACUCUCAGGAUUUCAUCUACAACACAAACACGGCGCUCUACGGACACGUCCAUCUGGGCUCGGGGGACCCCUACACCCCUGGGUUUCCCUCCUUCAACCACACCCAGUUCCCCCCGACCAAGUCCUCCGGCCUCCCCAGAAUCCCGGCUCAGACGGUGACGGCAGAGACGGCUCGCACUCUUCUGCAGACAAUCGGCGGCCCUGAAUCUAAGCCAGACGGUUUUAAAGGCGGCUUGCGCUCCGUGUCGUACAGCCUGGGCGGCAGCAAGAACGUCACGGUGGAGGUGAACAACGUUCUGGUCAACAAAGGGAUCCAUAAUGUGUUUGGCGUGAUCAAAGGAUUCAGCGACCCCGAUCGGUACGUUGUGCUCGGAGCUCAGAGGGAUGCCUGGGGAAAAGGUUACGCCAAGGCCACCGUGGGAACCUCCGUACUGGUGGAGCUGGCCAAGGUCUUCCACGAGAUGGUGGAGAACGGUGGUUUCAGGCCAAAGAGAAGUCUGGUGUUUGCGAGCUGGAGCGCUGGAGAGUAUGGAAGCAUUGGCGCCACCGAGUGGCUGGAGGGUUACAUGUCCUCCAUCGACAGGAGUGUCUUCACCUACAUAAACCUGGAUGGAGUGGUCUUGGGUCGUGGGAGCUUCAGCGCCUCGGCGAGUCCUCUGCUCUACAGCCUCAUCGGCAGCACGAUGAAGGAGGUGCAGAGUCCUUUCGGUUCCGGCACAUUAUACGAGGCGAUGGGAGAAAAGGACUGGACAGCCAGGGUCAUGAGGCCCAUGACCAUGGACGAUCCUUCCUAUCCCUUCCUGGCCUUCUCUGGGAUUCCCUCCGUUUCCUUCCACUUCACCACGACCGACACUGAGUCCUACACCUACUACGGUACCGGCCUGGACAACGUGGAUCAUCUCAAUUACCAAACCAACCAGAAAACCAAGGAGCUGGUGGCGACGGCGGCGGAGUUCGCCGGCCUGAUGGCCAUGAGACUCGUGCACGACCACCUGCUGAGCCUGGACGUGAGCCGCUACCAGGGCGUGCUCACCAGGAACGUGAAGGCCGUCUACAACAGCGUCAUCACGCGGUCACAGACCACAGGGCAGAAGGACGUGGAUCCCGCUUGGCUGAGCCGGGCCCUCGGCUCCUUCGGGCGAGCGGCCAGCAGCAUCAACAACGCCAUCAUCAACACCGACCUGUCGGACCCGGAGGCCUGUCGUCUUCUCAACAACAGGAUCAUGAAGGUGGAGCACUGCCUCCUCUCUCCGUACGUUUCCCCCGUAGUGACUCCUUUCCGCCACCUCCUGUUCGGCCGCGGGGCCCACACUCUGGCGUCCAUCGCCGCCACCACCGACAUGAAGGAGCUCCACACCCAGCUGGCUCUGGCCACCUGGAUCGUGCAGGGAUGCGCCGACGCCAUGGCGACCAACAUCUGGGACAUCGACAAUCUGAUCUGAGGCCGGCCACGGAGAUGUGGGAGGGUUUGAGUUUGAAAGUAAAAUUGUAGCAACAUCAGGCCAAGAGCACAAACUAGCGCUCAGGAGGUCCCAGCCUUGAAAUCAGGGUUGCAUUCAAUUUAUUUUGGGGUUGGGGGGGGACAGAUAUACUACUGACGACUCUCUUACUGCUCUACUCGGCACAUCUAAGCAGGCAAAGCCUUUUCUGUGACCUCUUCCAUCAAAGCACUGAGACCUUAGUUACUUACUUUAUCAGCGGCAGUGUUCGCUAUAAAGCUGUUUUUAUACGACGUUAUCGGAAGCAGUGCCUUCCAUAAUUAUGACGGUUAUACCGUCGAAAGCUACAGCAGCAUCUGCUACGCAAUCAGCUCCCCAACUGUUGCUGACUAAAUGGCGCCUGGAGGCAUUUUAACUGCUAAAAUAAAAAUAAAUGAAGAAAAAAAAAAUAAAAAAAUGGGGAAAACUGUUUAAAUUUCACACAGAGCCAUUUAUGUUGCACAGUACGUAUAUUUUGGAUCGCUUACUGAUAUGUUAUCGGGAGCAGAGCCUUCCAUAAUUAAACCCAUUAUCGGGAGCAGAGCCUCCCAUAAUGAUGCACGGUGACGGUAGUUUUUGCCUACCUUUUUUUUUGUUUUUCUUGCGGUGGUGUUUGUUAGUUUUUUUUCUACAUGUGUAUUUAUCGAGAGCAGCGUCUCUCAUAUUUCACUUGAAUGGUGGAACGACUUAUCGGGGACAGUGUUUCCCAGAGUUUCAUACUUGAAAUAUAUGUUUGUUUUUGGGUUUAUUUUUGCGUUAUUGCGUUGAGCGUCUGCGUGUUUGACGCAGCCUCCUGGACCUCCACCGUCAACACUGCUGAUCGUGUUUUUAAAGGAAGAGUAAGGGAUUCUACAACAUUUCUAACCCAGAACUAGUUACUGACCAUUUGCUACGGACGUGACGUCAUCCAGAAAUCCCUUACCCUGCCUUUAAUUCUGGCCAAAAUGCCAUCAAAGUAGGUCAAGAGUUUGAAGUAGAGGUUGGACACAGUUUAAUCUCUCAAAUUUAACCAUCAGGAAAAGGGCAAAGCUGUUAUUUGUACUGUAAAAUCAAUAAUUUAGUCUGUAUGGCACACGUGUUAAAACUGAUGGCUUUCAAUGUGACUGACAUUUCUAGAGGACAUUAUCUCCACCUCAUCGUAAUUAAGAUCUUAUCGCUUUUUCUUCAGUUUCUUUUCACAUUUGCGUACGUUGCAGAAUGAAUCUUUGUUUCCUUACCGCAUGGUUUUAAUUUCACUGAGAAUAGUGUUAGAUUGUGAUGCUUGCAAAUUGGUGUUGAAUCUGCUUUAUUGUACUUCAACUGUCAUUUCUGGAUCCAUCAUCAAUAUUUAAUUUUUGAGCUCAUUCUGAACUAAUGUGAGGAAAGAAAACUUCAAGGAGAGGGGG